AUGAAAAAGCUGCGGGUACAUUCCAGCUCCAACCGAAAACGGGUGGCAACUUUGAAAACAGAGAAAUCUUAAUUCCUUUUGGUGUUUCAGAUAUAUGGACAUUGACAACAAAAACAACGGCAAAGCUAAUCACUGCGUUUAUAUCAGUUUUGACAACAACGAUUCAUUAAUCUUCUCCUUCAUCAACUACCUCAAAGCUACUUUCAACCGCCAUGGGGUUUAUCAGCUGGACGAUCAGAGAGAUCGAUUCGCUGAGAAAAUUAGGGCUCUCGUGGUGGUUUUCUCCAAGAACUACACGUUCUCUGCGCCGGAAAAUCUUGUGAAUAAUCUCAACAAGAAAGACCUUGUGGUGGUUCCUGUCCUCCGUGGAGGGACGGUAUCAUCCAUGCUCGAUCAGAUGACUAUGUGGCCACAGAUUUUACUAGAUUCAGUAGUAUUACCUGGUCACGUAUAUACUGAAAAACAAAGUGAACCCGAAUUCAUGGACGCAAUCGCGAGGGAUGUGUUUGAGAAGCUCUAUCCAACGGAAGGGAUUGGGAUCCACAAGCGGCUAGAGGAAAUAGAAAACUUGCUAUGCGAACAACCGUGGGGCGUCCGAACUCUAGGCAUUUUUGGUAAGCCAGGCAUUGGCAAGACGACUCUGGCUACAACCGUCUUCAACCAUAUGUCUGGUGGUUACGAUGAGGCUUGCCUCAUCAAAGAAUUUCACACAAAAUAUAACGGUGAGUCUUUGGAUCCAGAAUACUUCAGCGAGACUCCAAUGGAAAAGUUCGACCUAAAUAGUUCUGAUUUAGAGCCGAGCCACCGCAAGAAAAGGGUUCUUGUUGCCCUAGACGACGUGCGAAAUGCUCGUGAGGCAAAGUCGUUUCUUGGUGGAUUUGACAAGUUUGGUCUAGGGAGCUUGAUCAUCAUAACCUCCAGUAACGAACAAAUUCUUAAGGAGUGCGAGAUGGAUGUGGUGUAUGAGCUUAAAGGUCUUGAUGAUGAAGAUGCUCUGAAGCUAUUCACAAGGUCUGCCUUUGGAAAAAAUGUUGUAGAAAAGAAUCUUUUGGCCUGGUCAAUGAAAGAGAUUGAAUGUUAUGAUGGGAACCCGCGUGACAUUCGCUCACACGCGAGCAAGACAAUGGUAGAAAUGGAACCGGUACUGCCUGAUGAUGUUUGCGAAGUAAUCAUUACUAAUGGCCAUGACGUAUCUUGUGACAUUGCGAAAAACACAUGUGUGCGGAUUAGCCCCUAUGAAGAAGACGAUGAGCCGCAAGAAAUUAAGGAGUUCCCAUCAGAUCCAAAUGAUGUUCUGGCCACUAGAGAUACCAUAAUGCUGACCGCAAGAGACAUGUACACCGAACACGAAUUUCGAUCUUAUUCCCGGAAGAACCCAGGAUUUGGCCUUUACAACCGCAUCUCAAAGUCUCUGCCUACUUACCGAUUGGACUAUAACUAUGUGAUGAGAUCCUUGUCCGAACACUUACAUCGAAAACACCAUGUUCUACUACACGGAUUUGCUAGCCAGCUUCAGAAAAUCAGUCAAAGCUUUUCAAACUCACGCGACCACGAUCUGCUAGAGCAACAUCUCCAAGGUCUCCUUAUUCUCUCUGGUGGUUGCAAUAUAGUCAAACGUUGUAUUGAUGUUGUACGGAAACAGAGAGAAUUGAAUCUUAAAGGGUUAUAUGGCACAAGAGAAAAAAGAUCUCGCACUACUGAAUUAUUGAAGAUUAAACUUGAACGAGAUCAAGCUAAUGGCAUGCGUCAGUAUAUAUCGAAUUAAAAUUCAAGUUUGGAAAAACCAAAAAAAAAAAAAAAAAAACAUGUGCAUACAACAACUUCUGUAUAUCAUUGUAAUUAACAUAGAUUGAUGUAUAUCAAUAAGUUGUAUAACAUGUAAAAUCAUUUAUGUUUAAUUAUAUCUAUAUUUUUAUUAAACGAAACAUUUUCGAGA